GUCACUAUGGCAGGAUGUGUUCGCUUCUUCUUGUGUUGUUGUCACGGAGAUGAAGCACAUGGAUCAACCCUGAACUAUUACAGCUAUUUCUACGAUCGGAACUUUUAUUUGGUUUAUGAAUGAAGUGGAGGAUCUGCGCAUGCUCGCGUUCGUCGCUGCAGAUGGAGAAUCUAUUUUAGCUUGAGGAAUCCGAGGAGCACAACUGUAUUUAUGCAUAUGAAAACCAGCGUUCUGCUCCUGCCACAACAUGGCCAAAAGUCAGAGUAACUUCUGGGGACAACACGACCUCAGCAGAGCGUGUUUGAGUCUGAGCGCAGACCUGGAACACAACCUGAAGGAGCAGCAGAUGGACAAAGACGAUAACUCAAACCUCAGCCUCUCCCAGGCUCCCUUCUAUUCGGAUACUUCCCACCAAACUUUGUGGCGGACCAAUGAGGGCGACCAAGUGGUCCCCGCUCCCAAGAGGCAUUCAAUGUUUGGAGACCACCAGAGAGAAUCCAAACCCCUGCCCCCUCUGCCUGACCCAGAGGAGCUCAUGUCCGAUGAGGCUGCUGACAAUGAAGUCGAGUUCUUCACCAGUGAUCGGCAGCGACUUUUACCCCGCAGCGGCCCCAAGUCUGUGUGUCGGAGCGGCUUUGGGCAAGUCAACUACGCCUAUCAGGAGAACUUGAACUCUGCUUUCUCCUGGCCUGGAAGAGGGAGUGGAUUAAACGAGAAUAUUUGGAUGCCACAACGAGAUCAUUUGAGGCCAGAAACUCUCUCACCAACCCCCAGUGACAAGCCUGAAGUCCCGCCCCGAAUCCCAAUCCGACCGAAACCUCUUCCGAAGACUGUGAGCUCCUACGCAGAGGACAGACCUCCCAAAAUUCCCCCAAGAGUCCCUCUAGUUCCCCCAUGCCCUCCUCGCUCUCCGAGCCCCAAAACUCUCCCGAUAUAUAUAAACGGUGUGAUGCCUGCAACUCAGAGUUUUGCUGCUAAUCCUAAAUACGUGAGUAAGGCGCUACUGAGGGAGCAGAGUCAGAGGGCGCCCCCUGCACCUCAGUUGACUCCCUGCAUUGUUCCAAUUGUGAAGGACGGAAGACAGGCCAGUAACACACACUACAUCCUCCUGCCGCCGAGGCGACCUUCCGAGAGACGGGACAGACUCAUGAGCGAACCUGUCAGAGUGGACAGCAAAGUCUGGCAGAAAAGAUAAAAAAAAAAAUGAGCGGAGGACUUCGACUGACGGACUAAUCAUUCACGUUCUUUUGUACGAUUAUUUAUGUGUCGAACUGCACUGUGAGACCCAAGAGUAUUUUAACGUUUCCGCACCGUUACAUUCCAUGUUGUGUCUCUGGUGCGGCAGAAAUAUUUACCUCCUUCACUUUAAUCUACUGAGACCAGUCAUUUUCAUGGAACCGUAACCACGCCUUGUGAGCACAACACAGAAGACUAGUGAUGAGUCAAAGGAAAGCUUGGGCUUCUUUGCUUCAGCAGCUGCCUCUGCGACUCAGUCACUGAGGCUCAGUGGAGAGCACACACAGUUGAUCAACUGUGGACAAAUGGAAAGAUGCACAGAGAUUUGCGGCAGUAAACACACAAAAAGAUUAAGGAGAUGCAGAAACUAAACCUCCACUUUCUCAUUAAUGGGGGAAAAACUAAACUGCGAUUUGUUGUUUUUUUAUAUUUACACAUUUGUGCGACAAUUAUUUUCACCAAAUAAUACAUUAUUUGUGGUUAAUUUCUCCUUUAAUUUUAGGAAACACUGGAAAGUACUAUGUUAUUCAUCAUGUAUGUUACACCUCUUGAUGAUGGAACUUAUGUAAAUGACUGAAAGCUGUUAUAUUCUUGCAACAUGAAACUCAAUAUUGAUCCUAAAAAUGUUUAACGCAGAGUGCCUAUAUUUUUAAAUUUCUGUCAACUGAUCGACAACGUUGGAGGAUCUGAAAAGGGACCAGGCUUUACCUGUGUUUGUCAGUUGCUGUCAAAUCACCUGUUUAGCUUCAUCUUGGAAUGUUACUUCACGUCCUGCGAUGAGAGGAUUUCUCAAAGGUCAACGUUCUGGUCGUGUAACAUUCAACUUUCCUUGAAUGUAUCCAAGAAAUGUAUUUUAAAGAAGGCUAGUGGUGAGAAUGUGUGUUUACUGUUGAGGUUCUGUGUUUACAUCUUUGUUACAUUGAGGUUCUUCAUGAAGGUUCUGAAUAAUUUCAAAGGUCUGUUGUUUGUAAUCUAUUUAUACAAAUAAAAUAACUUAUUAAUACAAGUUAAUUUUGGAGUACGACUUCUCCAGAAUCUAAACCUCAUGGGCAGCCAUUUUCUGCUCAGAAUAAAUGCACAGGAGACUUGUUUCAGAACAGGUUUUAAUCGUGUUAAAAUGCAGCUCGAGUGGUGAGAGCUCCUCACAUUUACAGGAACUGAGAAUCUGGUUGGUAUCUGACACAAAUAAAUCAAAUAUGAUCCACAAA